GUAAUUUAAAGGGACUUGGUGGGUGAUAUUUAUUUCUUCAUAUACCGCCAUACGAACUCAGAACACUUUCUCCCUUUUAACCCUCUUCCUGCCAUGCCUUCCCCUUCCACCGCUCUCCAAUGGCUGAGCUUGGUGGGUCUGAUAUGGCUUCAAUCAAUAAACGGAACCAACUCCAAUUUCCCUGCUUACUCUUCCCAGCUCAAAUACCUUCUCUCCAUCUCCCAACUCCAACUCAACAACCUCGCCUUUGCCUCCGAUGCCGGCAAGCUCUUCGGCUUCGUCUCCGGCAUCGCAGCUGUCUAUCUCCCUCUCUGGUUCGUCCUCUUGAUCGGAGCUUCACUAGGGUUGAUUGGCUACGGCGUCCAGUACCUCAUCCUCGCCAAACUCAUCCCAUGCUCAUCUUACGCCCUAAUAUUUUCCCUCUCUGUUUUAGCAGGAAACAGCAUUUGCUGGAUCAACACAGUUUGCUAUGUCGUCGCCAUUAAAAAUUUCGCAUUGGAUCGUCAAAUCGCCGUGGGAUUAACCACCAGCUACUCAGGGUUAAGUGCUAAAAUCUACACAGUCAUAGUUGACUCCUUCCCAUUCUUCUCCUCGCCAACCAAAAGAGCUAAAGCAUAUCUCUUCCUCAACUCAGCCUUGCCUCUCCUGGUCUGCGCCAUAACAACCCCACUCGUCGGAGACAUUAACGUCGAUAAAUCGAGGAAAACGAGAAGUGGGUUCAUGUUCAUGUUGAUCAUAACAAUGGCGACUGGAGUCUACGCGGUGAUUAGCAGCUUACUGUCAAUGCCAAAGCUUGUUAGCUUGACAGGCAUGGGGCUUUUCCUUCUGGCUCCACUUCUGAUCCCUGCGGGAGUGAAACUCAGAGAGAUGGCUGAUGAGAAGAAAAGGGGAAUGGUGGUGCAUGAUGAAGAAGGCUUUGGAGGAUCAGAGAGAAGAUCAGAAAUGGAAGUGAUGAAGGAAGUGUGUGAGAUUGGUGGGAGAGAGGAGAUUGGAGUGAAGUUGAUGGUGAGGAGAGUUGAAUUUUGGUUGUAUUUCUUUGCGUAUUUAUGUGGGGGAACUCUUGGGCUGGUGUUCUUGAAUAAUCUUGGACAAAUUGCUGAGUCUCGCGGCUGUCCUGCGACUUCUACUCUGGUUUCAUUGUCUUCUUCGUUCUGUUUCUUCGGCCGCCUCCUUCCUUCUCUCAUCGAUUAUUACUUCUCCAGGAAUAAAUACAUGAUUUCAAGACCAGCUUCAAUAGUAGCAUCCACGGUCCCAAUGGCUGGAGCAUUUUUCUUCCUCCUCAACAAAUCCAACUUCUCCCUCUACAUUAGCACCGCGGUGAUUGGAAUUUCUACCGGCACAAUCACUUCUGUUGCUGUAUCGACCACGACUGAACUUUUUGGAGCAAAAAAUUUUAGUGUCAAUCACAAUAUCGUAGUCGCAAAUAUUCCAAUUGGAUCAUUUGUGUUUGGGUAUUUAGCGGCUUUCUUUUACCACAAGGAAGCAAAUGGCGAGAAAUGCAUGGGAAUGGAGUGUUACAAAAACACUUUUAUCAUAUGGGGUUGUCUUUGUUCUUUUGGGAGUUUACUUGCUUUAAUCUUGUAUAUUCGCACGAAAAAAUUUUACUCACAUAGAUUAAUUAACAUGAAUCAGCAGAGUUAG